CUUCCAUUUCAUCAUCUCUCACAGUCACAGCGUCAGAUAGGGUCACUAGAGAGCCACCAGGUGGCGCGACAGAGUCUCUGUGUGAUGGCUGCAAGUGCCUUGAUCCUCACAGACAGGCCUAGACACACCCGUGCACAUAUACGGGCAAACGAGGCAAUGCAGCCGGCCGCAUACAAAGCGCGGCAGAUACAAACGAGCAGACAGAACACCUGGCUCACGCAUACACACAAACACGGCCGUGCUCUCGCUCAGCAGGUGAUUCCUCUCUGGCACGCACAUACACACACUCACACACACAGACCGACACAUCCCGAGAACACGCAUCUUUUCUGCCUUCCUGUCGCUCAGAAUCAAUCCGGCAUUGCACACUAUCGUGCGUGAGAUAAAAAUCAGAUGACUACUCCUGUUCCUCUCAAGGUGGCUCUCUCUCGAUGUAUGCGAGCAUCAGGCGUCUAACGCAUUGCCCCUCUCUCCGACAGACUAACGAGCGGUUGUCUUGCUUUGCUGGCCUGCGCCAAAACGAGAAUGCACAGAAAGAGAGCCGUUCGUGUGUGUGUGUGCAUGGCGCACGUUCCUGCCCACCUGUCUGUCUAAGGGAACCCGCCAGGCCCCGGGCUGGCAGGGCUGAAGUAACCAGGGGGCGUGUGUGUGUAUCUGCGACGCAUGACACACAACCUGGGCCAGUGCCAAUCUGGGAGCCAGUGGCAGUUCCGGGGUUGGUCACGGUCGACACUUGGUCCAGGAUGCUCCCCUGGGCUGCACGAAGAGGGGGCGCCAUAAGGGGUGUCGCACCUGAAUGUCGGUGAGGGACGGAAUGAACAAAAUGGGCCUAUCUGCGUACAUACCGCCGUCGGUAGCGUCGCUGGCUGUCUCUUGAGCGCCUGUGCACACAGGCACACAGACAGCAGGAUCGCAGACAGAUAAGGCAAGUCACUAUUUGUUGUUCCGCUCAUCCCUUAGCUGCCCGCCCACCUCGAAGGCUCUGUUGGUCCUGUGUGCCCAUCGUGGAGGGCACCACAAGCAGAAGGAUCACUACGGGGGACCCAUUGUGCGAAUACACGAGAAGGGGAGAUCUAGAGCCGCGGUCCUGGCGCUGUGACCCUGGUCACUCUCUACUUCAUCGGCAGAGAUCGUCCAAUACCCGCCCGCCGUGAUUCCCUUUUUC